GCCCAAGUUAGUUGAACAUUUGCUAGGCCCACAUCGACCAAACCAAAUCCAUCAAGUUUGUCGAACACCACCGGACCAGACCAGAGCCAAACCUACUCUAUCUCGCUCACACCCGCCAUCCGUUUGUUUCUCACUCUAUGGUCUCUCUCAUCUCAUAGUCCAGCAUGACACUCGCUAUGUCCGUACGGUUCCCGGUGACACCUUCAGCAACAGCAACAACAACAACAACAACGACCAAUGCUCAUCCAACCUCAGCCGUUCGAUCAAAACCGGCAUCUUUCAUCAACCUUUCUCUGAUUAAACAAAGAUCAACGAGCAUCAAUGGCACCGAGAAACGAAGCCAGUUUUUUCUCGCCACAAAAGCCGUGGAAGAGACCCAAGGGAGCUCAGAAUCCGCGAAUGUGGGAGACCAAGUGGGAGAGGUAAAGCCGGAGUUGAGUGAAUUGGGGUCGGAGAUAAAGAAGGCUAUGGAGGAGAGGAAGGCGGCGGAGAAAGAGGAGGGUUUCCUGGACGGAGUGGCUGAGGAGAUUAGGAAAAUAGAGUGGCCGGCGUUUGGUAAGGUGUUGGGGACGACUGGGGUUGUGUUGGGUGUGAUAGCUGGGUCUAGUGUUGUUUUGCUCACUCUCAAUUUCGUUUUGGCUGAGCUCUCCGACCAACUCUUCGCCGGUAAAGGUGUUCAGGAUUUCUUCAGCUGAGAUAGAUGAUGAAGAAGAAGAAAAUGUUCCCAGUCAAAUGUAUAAACAAAAGGCCGUUGUAAUUUUGAGGUAAAUUUAGUGUAUUUUGAAAACCCAUUAUCUUGAUUUGUUGUGGAAAAAAUUACACAAUCUAAAUUUCUUCAUAGUACCAAAGAAUUGCAUUC